CGUACAAGCGCCAUGCAUCCUAGUGUGGUUUUGAUUUUUAUGAUCGCCAUCAAUUUGCGAUCAUCCUGUGCAGUGUACGACAAUAACCCUUUCAUUGCCUCCGCAACCGUACCAAAACUAACUAACAACAAACCAAAACAAACAGUAAACCAAUGGAAUCUUGCAGUAUUCGUUCCUCAAGAGAUCUCGAAUUCAGCAAAUACCAACAUUCCUCCCUCACCGGCAGCGCCAGGUUAUGUAUGGGUUCAAGUUCCUGUUUCUCAAAAUAAUCCCACUUACAUACCGACCAUCAGGCCAACUGGAAAACCGCCUAAAGAACCAAUAACGGUACGACCACCAGAUGCUGACUAUACCAAACCUACUACUGAUGGACUGGUCACAAUUGAACCACCCGAAAUUCUCUAUGGUGGAUCUUUAAAUGCUAAAUGUUUGAAACCAAGAGGUCAAUUUCCAAGCAACGCUUGCAACAAAUAUGUGAACUGUUGGGAUGGUAUUGCGACAGAGCAAUCCUGUAUAGAAGGCUUACUGUUUAAUCCUAAGGGAUAUUGCGAUUAUCCGGCAAACGUGAACUGCAAUGGCAAACCAAUCGAAAGUACACAGGCUCCGAUUCCUGCUGAUGCGACGGCAACAUCCUCACCAGGUCAGUCAUCCGCACCCACCCAGGCUCCAUCGUAUGGGCCCACGAACGUAACACCGACACCCAGCAAUCCGACUGGUACUCCGACCGUGCCCACGGUUCCCACACUGCCACCAGCCGAUCCGGCCUUGUUGAAGUUUUGCCUCAAGCCGAGGGGCCAAUUCCCCAGCAAAUCCUGCAACAAGUACGUGAAUUGUUGGGACGGCGUUGUUUUAGAGCAAGAAUGUCCCGGAGGGUUAUUGUUUUCUUCCAAAGGAUAUUGUGAUUAUCCCGCCAACGUUGAUUGCUCAAAUCGUACUCCGCCAAAAAAUAUUGAGCCUGCAGUUGCAGUGGACAACGAAUGCCCUGCUGAAUUUGGUACAUUCAGACAAAGACAUAAUUGCACUACUUAUUUCACAUGUAUUGCUUCUAAAGUAGUGGCCAAAUAUCAAUGUCCUGAAGGCUUUUUAUUCAACGAUAACAUUGGAGUAUGUGACUACGCUGAGAGAGUGGAUUGCAGCAAAGAACCUAUACUCACCAGAAAAACACAUUUACCAUUACUAAUGAAAGAUUUAAACUCAAACGUCGACUGUCUUGAAGACUACGGAACAUUUAGGGACAAGAAUAACUGCAGCUUAUACUACACAUGUUUUGCAGGAAAAGUCGUUGCAUCAUAUGAGUGCCCCGUUGGUUUUAACUUUAAUGAUAAUAUCGGGGUUUGCGACUAUUCUUAUAGAGUGGAUUGCACACGUGAACCUGUCAUUUUCAAGAAACAUCAGAAUUUCGUACCACAAAUUCCCGCAGGUACAGAUUUCAAAGAUAAAAUCGAUGGAUGCAAGCCAGGUGCAGUUUUCCGAUUAAACGAAGACUGUUCGCUGGCCUGCUUAUGUCGAGAAGGAUUGGCAGAAAUAAUUCAAUGUCCCACUGGAUUAGCCUACGACUCUGUAACUGACAAAUGUUUACCACUAGAUUUAGCUCGUUGUUGAUGGAGCGAUGAAGAAGACUGACCGUAUUAAACAUCUGUGAAAUUAGAAUAUUGAUGUAGAAAUUAGUUAUUUAAGACUGUAAAAUAAUUUAAAUUCGUAACGCUUUAUAAACCACUGUCCUGUUACGGUGGUUAUGGGUU